ACUCUGGUGAUCUUAAUGGACGUUUUAUUAAAUUAUUUAUGUUUUGGGAUGUUUAUUUGCAAUUCUCGAGCGCAAUAUUGAAGUGUUCCGUUGUUGGGUUCAUUUUUUUUAUUGAUUGUUUUCUGCAUUUGGUGAUUUCAGCUGUUGGUUUGUUGUUGACUGCAAUAUGGGUGUUGUCUAAUUUUUCUUGUUUUGAUCAAUUUAUCUCAAUUGUGCUGUUGGGUAUGUUCUUUUCUUAAUGUUUGCAGAUAGGGCAUUACAUGGAGGUGGGUUGUAUGUUGUUUGUAUUCUCGUUUUUGUGUUUAUUAAUUGAGUUAUUGAUGGGUAUAAUUGAUGGGCAUUAAUUAUUGAAUUGAAAAGAUUUUCCCUUGAUCAAUAACUAAAGGCAUAUAUAAGAAUUCCAUUAAGGAAAAAAAAAAAAAGAAAAGGAAAAGAGGUAUAUAAGGAGAAGCAGAACGAAAGCGUGCAGAGGAGUAGAGUAAUAAAUCUAGCAAUUGUGUUUUCUUGAAUUCACUCUACAGUCUUAGGCAUUAGGCUUGAGAGAGGUGCGUGGUUAAUUGGGUCAUCAAAUGUGCAGAAAAUGCACAUAAUGUUCCUAAUCCAAGAGCAAGGAAAUGCAGAAAAUGUUUUACAGGAAAGGAGAAAUUAAUGGAGCAUUCAUUAUGUAUGUAUUUGCUAAAAAUGCCAUUUUAUACAUGACAUAGCUUCAUGAAAUGAAAAAUCCACCAGCAGUUCAUUGCACCCAUAGGUCGUGCUUAGUAUGCCCUUACUAAUGAAUUAUCAAACAGUGGAGAAAAAAUGAAUGCAUACAGCAUACUAGAGCCUACUCUUAAGGAUAUACUUGAGGUUGUUAAACCUUUACGAGAGGAUUGGGAAGUGCGAUCUAAAAUUAUUGAGGAGUUAAAAGAUGUUGUUACCUCUGUGGAAAGUCUUAGAGGUGCAACUGUGGAGCCGUUUGGAUCAUUUGUGUCCAAUCUCUUCACUCGAUGGGGAGACUUGGAUAUCUCUAUUGUGCUAUCAAAUGGUUCUUAUAUUUCAUCUGCUGGAAAGAAGCGCAAACAAAAUUUACUCGGAGAGUUACUGAGAGCUCUGAGGCAGAGAGGUGGAUGGCGUGGGUUACAAUUUGUUCCAAAUGCAAGAGUUCCCAUCUUAAAAUUUGAGAGUGGGCGCCAGAGCAUCUCUUGUGAUAUUUCAAUUGAUAAUCUGCAGGGUCAAAUGAAGUCCAACUUUUUGUUCUGGAUCAACCAGAUAGAUGGACGAUAUCGCGAUAUGGUCUUACUGGUCAAGGAAUGGGCCAAAGCUUACAGUAUCAAUAAUCCGAAGACUGGAACAUUGAACUCAUACUCCCUCAGUUUACUUGUUAUAUUCCAUUUUCAGACAUGUGUACCUGCUAUUUUACCUCCUCUAAAAGAAAUAUAUCCAAGAAAUGCUGUCGAUGAUCUUGCAGGUGUGAGAAUUGUUGCAGAGGAACGCAUAAAAGAAAUAUGCAAUGCCAAUAUAUCUAGAUACGUGUCAGACAAAUACAGGGAAGUUAAUCGGAGUUCUCUUUCUGAGCUUUUCAUUUCAUUCCUUGCAAAGUUCUCUGACAUUCGUUUGAAGGCUGCAGAACUAGGAAUUUGCACAUUUACUGGACAGUGGGAAGACAUCAAAAGCAAUACGAGAUGGUUGCCAAAAACAUAUGCAUUAUUUAUUGAGGAUCCUUUUGAGCAGCCUGAGAAUACUGCAAGGGCCGUCAGCGCUGGAAACCUGGAAAAGAUAUCUGAGGCAUUUCAGAUGUCAUAUAAUCGGCUUGUUUUGGCCGGUCACAACAGUAGUUCUCUCCUUAGCAUGUUAGUCAGACCACAAAUAUUAAAUUUUAUUGCAAGAACAACUGUUGGGAGCUCAAAUUACACUCCUGUGGACUACCAAAGCACUCGUCCAGUUAUGAGCAGGGCUGUGCAACCUCAGUCAAGAGUGCAGCAUCAAAUUCAGAACAUGAGCAGCCUGGAAAGACAUCCCAAUUAUUUCACUGCGAAAAGACAGGUGAGUCAUCCCAACAGUUUGAGCAAGCAAAUACAAGAGACUCAUCCGAACAAUUCAAAGCUGCGGCUGCAACAUCCAAUUCAGAACACAAGACUGGAAAAGCAGCCCAUCAAUUUCAGCAAGCAAAGACAACAAAUUCAUCCUGACACUACAAGCCUGGAAAAACAUCCAAACUAUUUCACCAGGCAGAGACAAGAAAGUCAUCCUGACACUACAACACUGGUAAAACAUCCCGAUUAUUUCACCAAGCAGACACAGGGCACUCGUCCUUACAGUUCCACUAAGCAAAGACAAGAAAGUUAUCCAAGUUACUCGACCAGGCAAAACCAUGCAGUUCCAUAUUAUGGUCAGGGGCAACAUAUUUGGAGGCCAAAAUCUGAUGGAUAGAACUCUAGUGGCUGUUAUGUGUUCUGCUUUUGGGACAUUUCUUAGGAAAGAAAGAAAAAGUAAUGUUACAUACAGCUAUUUGAGUAUUUCUGGAAUAUUUUAACAAUGUUCCCUGGGUUUUCUAACUAGCUGGAGAGCGGUAACUGUAGGUAAUUGAACAGGGAUUUGUUAUUGAUAGACGUCAUCUUUAUAACGAGCAACUGUUAGAAUUUUGUUGAGUUUACAUAUAAUCAAAUUCCUCUACUAUUUUAUCUUA